CGCCGCAGUGCGCAUGAGCGGCUCGGCGGCGGAAGGCAGGGCCCGCGAGGAGGAGCCCCGGGAGCCGCCGCCGCCUCUGCCGCCACCAUCGUUCCUCCUCCUCCUCCUCCCCAGUGUCCGCCUGAGCCGGCCCAGGAGGGGAGAGAGGCCCGCGCGCAGCCCCCACCAUGAACAAGUUGAAGUCAUCACAGAAAGAUAAAGUUCGGCAGUUUAUGAUCUUCACACAGUCCAGCGAAAAGACCGCAGUGAGCUGUCUGUCUCAGAAUGACUGGAAGCUAGAUGUUGCAACAGAUAAUUUUUUUCAAAAUCCUGAACUGUAUAUACGAGAAAAUGUUAAAGGCUCAAUGGACAGAAAGAAGUUAGAACAGCUAUAUAAUCGAUACAAAGAUCCUCAAGAUGAGAAUAAAAUUGGCAUAGAUGGUAUACAGCAAUUUUGUGAUGACCUUGCGCUUGACCCUGCCAGUAUUAGCGUAUUGAUUAUUGCCUGGAAAUUCAGAGCUGCAACGCAAUGCGAAUUCUUAAAGAUGGAAUUCAUGGAUGGGAUGACAGAAUUAGGAUGUGACAGCAUAGAAAAACUAAAGGCCCAGAUUCCUAAAAUGGAACAAGAAUUGAAAGAGCCAGGAAGGUUUAAGGAUUUUUAUCAGUUUACUUUCAACUUUGCAAAGAAUCCAGGACAGAAAGGUUUAGAUUUAGAAAUGGCCAUCGCCUACUGGAAUUUAGUACUUCAUGGAAGAUUUAAAUUCCUAGACUUGUGGAACAAAUUUUUGUUGGAACAUCAUAAAAGAUCUAUACCGAAGGACACUUGGAACCUUCUUCUAGACUUCAGUGCGAUGAUAGCGGAUGAUAUGUCAAAUUAUGAUGAGGAAGGGGCAUGGCCAGUUCUUAUUGAUGACUUUGUGGAAUUUGCACGCCCUCAAAUUGCUGGAAUAAAAAGUACGACAGUGUAGUGCUAAGUGAACCUUCUAGAAUGUACAUAGUCUGUACAAAUAAACAUAACGGGGGAAAAUUGCACAGUCAAUUUCUGCCGACUGACUCAACAGGACUGAAGACCAAUCCUCAAGAAAUAAAGGCUGAGGGUUGAGGCAAACCUUUAAGGAUCUACCUUGGACCAUAUCAGACUCUGGAUGGUUUGGGCUGCUCUCCUAGCCUGGGCCAUCCUUGCCCAUUUGAAUAUUCCAGCAUUGUGGAUAUCAUCCUUUUUUUCUUUCUUUUUUUAAUGGAGCACCCUAAUCCUUUCCAUAAAUCUUAAAUGUUUUUGGAUGGUUAUUUUGAAAUUUCUGGUUCCACCCAAAGCACAUGCUGUCUUCACCAAGCAAACUCUUUGGCAUAAGAAUUUCACAGAUCAACAUUGCAACCCAAUUGUUUUAUUUUUAGAAAAAGGAAAAAAAAAAGCUCUUCAGAUACCAUACUUUUGGCUAGCUGCAAAGACUACACUGAGAAUAUUCUAAAAAAGUGAUAUGUUUAAAGUGUGUUGGAUCUUGUUUCUUAUGGUCUUUCUACAGCUAUUGUCAAUGUGAGUGGUGAGGGUUUUUGUUUUCGCUUUGUUUAAAGCAAAUGUCGAAACACUCCAACAAAGGCUUGGAUUUUUCUCUCCCUCAAUAUCAGGCAAUCCAGCUACAUAGGUGCUUGACUGGACACUGUUGAAACACAGCAGAGAUACUGGGCACCUAACUGGGCGCCUCUGUUCUAAUAAACUAGUCAGAAACACUGGGUGCCUAAUGUUGAAAGUUGAAUCUUCCUUUAGGGCCCUCGCCUGCAAGAGCUGGGCCAUGUGAAGCUUGUUGAGUUUCCAGCUGUUCCCUUAGUCUUCUUGCUGUCCCCCCCCCUCCCCAGUUCUGGAUGGCUUCCCAUGUCUGCCGGCACUUUAGCCAUGGCUACCAUGUUUCCUUACAACGCCACACAUGCAGAAUCGAAGGGAAAGAGGCGAGCCCUGGAACGUCUGUGUCCACCUGGAUUAGCGACACCCGCUGUAACCUGCCUCCCUCAAUUUAAUUGGGUGGUGCAGGGUUGGGCAGAUUUAGGGCUUUCCCCCUCAUUAUCUCUCAAUCCCUAGGGGCCAGUUGGUGUGGUCACCAUCGUUCACCUAGCUCUGUUGUCUUUGUCCGCUUUGUUUUUGAUAUUGACUGGUUCAAAGUGGACAAAGUGAUGGUGAAGUACCAUGGGCCGUGUUAUUUCUAACUUCCACUGGGUGUAGGGUUUGCAAAAUUACGACCGGCAGGCUUAAUCUAAAACCAGGGUGGGAACCUGUGGUCCCCCACAUGUUGCUGGACUGCCACUCCCAACAUGACCAAUAGUCAGAUGUGAUGGGAGUGGUAGUCCAGCAACAUCUGGAGGGCCACCAGUUCCCCUCCUCUUAGCUACAAUAUGGGUAAUAAGUUGCUCAUAAUUGCACUUAAGAGUUAACUACCCAGUACAAUUUUGUAGUAUUGAAAUGCUCAUCUCUUUGGCGGGGAAAUCUCUCCCCACUCCCUGCUCCCAUUAAGUUCUACUGAAAUGUUAAGACUUGAAUACAAGACUGAACUUGUACUGUUCGUUACACAAUAUAGAAUUCUUGAUUAGGGCCAAGGAAGGUUUUUUGAUUGUGGUUUUGGAAUAACAAUGAGUGUGAUACGAAUCUCUUCUAGGCUUGAUGGCUUGAGCCAUGUAAUACAAAUCUUUAUGAUGUUAGCGGUACUGCUGUGAUAGCCAAUGUCAUUCAUCAGUGACAGGUGUUUUGCUCUUAUUAUAUUAACUGCAGGUCACUGUGGUUGCCAAACAGAGGCAUCAGCGCCUUGAACAAAAGUUACAUGAAACUCUAGUGUAUAAAUGGGGAUCUAUAAGAGUAGGGGUGGUCCUCCAUUCACAUUAGUAUUGGGGACAAAUCCUGCUCAAUUGAAGGCCCUGCACAUGCUCCGUUGUGGCUGGGUCAGAGUUCAGAAGUCUGUCUUUGCCAAGCAAGUAUAGAUUAUAUCAAGCAUAGUCCAGCCAAAUGGGUUAAGUGCUUUUAAUGGGAGAAACUUCAGUAUGUCUGUGACUCCUCCAUUGUAUUCAAUCGAACCUAACUAUGUGCUUAACUCUGGCUGGAUCAUAGCCAGGCCCAAUGCAGGUAUACUGUUUCUCAACCGCUUAGCCAUGGUUAAAGAGUCGCGAGUACCCUGUAGGUUCAUGCACACCUCUGCUCUCUUGUAUAAAUUCCCUUCUCAGUACACAUUUCACGCUUCCCUUAUCCGUAUAUAUUUCUCCAGAAGUUAAUGCUAUCUGUAGUUAGCUUUAAACCAGAAUUUGAAAGUUAAGGUGAGGGGGACUUGCUCGCAGCCCUUGAUUAAAGUGAGUAUUAAUGUUAACCUUGGCAGAGAGAACACACUAAAUGAGGUUAAUGUUGAAAUGGGAAGGGAAAUAUUUUUUAUGUGUGAGAGGUAGAGGGAACCCCAAGGAUCUCACCUUCUUUCAGCCAUGAUUAAGAGAUUGGAAGCGUUGCAUCUGCACUGGGCCCCAGUAUGCUUAAUUCGACCCCAUGUUUGUGUCUUCAUGCACAGAAUGUGGCUGUUCACUUCAACUGUAGUUUUAUUCCUUCUGUUUUUCCACGACAGCAGCACUUGAAAUGUCAUCUGGCUAUAAUGUCAUAAAACUCCAUGAACUAUACUUCGCUGUUUUCUUGAAAUAAUCACUUUACAGAGAAAGCAUUAGGAAAUUUCCCAUUCAAGAUGUUUUAAAAAUCCUUUCUAAUCUUUAAGAAUGAGAAGUUCAGAUCUGGCACAUUAUCUGAUGUCUCACGACUGGCGUCUCAUUUAUCCAUGAAAUUUCGAAGCGCACUUUUAUGCACAUGCUAAAAUAAUUUUAGGGGCGGGGGGAAACUUGGGUAUUAAAUUGCUUAACUCUUUUUAACUUGUAUGAAGUUGUCAGAAAGGUGCCUCCCUUUUCCUAGCCGUGCCCUUUUAGAAAAGCUUAGUCUUGUGUUAAUUUAAUUAAACCAUUGGAUUAAAUUGGGAAUCUUUUCUUCAGCUGCUGGAACUGGCAGAGUCAAAUAUAUGGAUUUACUGCUUUCAUUGUUUCUUCGUUUCUUUUCUCUCUUUUGUGUAAAUAUCAGUGGAGACUUGAAUUAUGAAAACUCUACAAGAUGUGUGUGCUGUUUUCUGUCUUACCACGUUUUGGGUACAGCUUUCUCAGAAUGAGUCAUUGAUGUAUGCUGUGUGGGGUUGGGCGUUCUUUUGUUUGGAUGUUCUUGUUUCUUUUUUAAAUUUUAAUGAGAUGUACUUAAUUCUAUCCCUGUGCAGAAGGUUGGGGCAUAAACGCCGUGCUGUUAUUGUUUAUUAAGAUUAUUCCUUUUGCAAUGUUGAGGCCUUUUCAACAAAAUGGAUUUUGCCAUCAGUUUGGUACCAUACAAUUUAUAAUUACUGUGUAAUUAUAAAACUGCAUUACAUAAAGCAUUGCUGUCUUAAGUAGCAGAGAAACUAAGGUUAUUUGUGUGAUUGCAUCUUUGCGUUUUAAGAAAACGUUCAGUCUUUCAGGCACAAGCUGGUCAACCCCUUUCGCUCCAGUGGGACGUGUGCUGUCAAAGCACUGCUUGGUUGGAUUGUAUCCAGUGAUGGAAAUAUUUGGCUUAAUGAUGGUUUGCUGCUGAAUGUAAAUCCUGUCUCUUGGAAAGACUGAAAAAUGCUCAUAGAUAUGCCCAUAUGUAUGUGUGCCUGUUUUUUUUUUUUUUGUUUGUUUUAAUUUAAAAGUUGUGAACUGAAUAUCUGCUUGGGUUGAUUUUAUUAAUAAAAGCAACCCAAAUUUCAAUCUGGCAGUGAGCUCCCUCUUCGUAAAUAACUUCUCUGCCAAAUGUUAGGAAAAGGAGUGAAUGCUAAAGGGAAAAAAAAGUAAAACCCGAAUAUUAGGGUUUUAUGCCAACCAGAACCAUCCUGCUGUACGGGAACACUUUUGGGGAUCAAGAUUUUAUUCCAAUCACGUGGUCAGCAUCUUUCUGUAAGUAGAAUUGUAACUUGUUAGAAAAAUCCCUCGUUCAAACCAGAGGCAAUAAAGUUCCAGCCCAGUUGUCAGUG